UAGCCGCCACAAUCAAUACACACCCCACCCUCGAGCCAUAUUGAAAGAGGAAUGAAUGACGGACGCGCGACUUAGUUCUAGUCCGUGGAAUAAGCUUAGAAACCAGUUGCACUGAUGGAUUUUACUCUCUCCUGUAUGUGUGUGAAGGGCUGAAAUCUGCUUAGAAGGUCGGAAUAGUGCGGUAUUUGCGCUUGACGCAACAAGGCCCGAUCUAGCAACCAUAAUCGCUGAAAGAGGAAUUCUAGCGUGUAAUCCGCUGGAUAGCCGACUGCGCAACGAUGUUCAAAGGCCUGCGUUCCCGCAGCAAGGAGAAAUUCGAGUUUCGGCUUCGCUUCCACGCCACACGCCUACCGCCGCUGAGCCAUGAGUGUCUGCACGUGUCGCUGUACCAGGACACGGGGCGCCUCCAGAGCCAGACGAGCCGCGCGGGUGUGAAGAACGGCGCGUGCCAGUGGGUCGACAUGCUGACGGAGGUGGUGAAGCUCACCCGCGCCAAGGGCAGCAAGGCGUACGACGCCAAACACUACCGCCUCGUCGUCGCCUCGGGUCCGUCCAAGGCGUCCAUUCUUGGCGAGGCGUCUCUGAAUCUCGCCGAUUUCGCCGCAUUUUCGCAGCUGGACCAGCGAUCUCUGCCGUUGCGCUGCUGCGAGGCGGGCUCCGUGCUGCAUGUGACGGUGCACUCCAUUCCGCUCGAGAACCGUCACGCGCCCAACUCGCACUCCGACGACGAGUCCGAGUCGCUGGACGGCGCGGCGCCGCGCUCACCGCUCUCCCUGUCCUUCACGCGGCACCGGCCGUACGACACGGAGAGCGAAGACGACCGCGGAGACGAGCGCGAGGACGACGACCGCGGGAGGGCGAGAGGCACGGCGGACGACGAGAGUGAGGCGGAGGAGCGCAUGUACGCGAGGGGGGCGCGGUCGCGGUCUGGACGGUACAGCAGCAGCGUGGCGUCGGAGCCCGCGGACUCGCUGCCCGCCACACCCGUAUCCAAACCCGCCAUCGCUUCUGCCGCUGCGCUCUCCAAGUUGCAGCUUUUCACCGGCUCGGAGCGCUCCUUGACCGCGCCAUCCACGCCGCCCCGCUCGCUGCACUCCCCGCGCACGCCACCGCCGCUCGCGCAGGUCACCUCAGGCCCCUCGGCGCCUGACUUUUCCCUCUCCCCGCCCCCCACCCUCCGCGCGCACCAUCUGCCCCCCCGCAAGCACGACCCCGACUACGCGCGCGACAGCGAUCGCGACUUAAGCGACGCGACGCCAGCGGCGCCGCCGCCGCCGGCGCCUGGAGGAGGCUUUACACGCGGCCUUAGCAGCCCGCGCGCUUCGCCACGUCAUUCCUCCCUGUCUGACGUGUCUCCGCCUCUCGAACCCCCGCCGUUCCUUCACUCCGCCCGCGCCUCGUCCCGACCCAGCUCCCCCAUGCGCGCAGCGGGCAGCGCGCGCAUGGGAGGAGCCGGCGGAAUGGGGGGAGUAGGCGGCGGUUGGCGCGGAGAAGGUGCGGGCGUAGGCGGAGUUUCCGACUGCGCGGGAAGCGGCAGUGUGAGCGGAAGCAGCAGCAGCGUGGGGGGAUGGAGCAUAGCGCGCGGAAGCAGCGCGUCUAUAAGCCGCAGCAGCAGCUGCGCAAGCAGCCAUGGCGGGUGGUCCAUGGGCUCGUUCCGUGGAGCGCAGUCGCCCGUCAGUCGGAAAACCCUGCUGGCGGAUCUCCAGCAGCAGCAGCAGCAGGCGGGGGGCAUGGGGCCGGACGUAAAGGCAACGCUGGCGCAAGCGGAGCGGAAAGUGGGCGCAAGCGGAACGGAGGUUACUCGUGCGUCCUCCGGCGCGGGUGCUGGUGGCGCUGGGCAGGGCGCGGGGAUGCGGAAUGCGGCAGAUGGCAUGGCGCUGAAUGCGCGGGUGAAUGUUUACGGUCAAGCGGAGUCCGGGGGCAGGUCCGCGGGCAGUUCCGCCACGCAUCCGGCGGAACCGGGGGAGCUGCGGGGAGCGGAGGCCGGGGCGUGUCGGAUCAGCAGGAGUAGGAGCGUAAACGGUGGGGCGGAGGGGGGAAACGACGCGCUGGUAGCGGCGGACGGCGCUGCCGCGCGAGUAGCGGAGGAGUCUAACGUUCCGGGGUGGCAGGUGGAGCGGCUGCGGGCGCAAAUUGCGCGCGCAAGGGCGCAGCAGACGAAGGUGGAGGAGGAGCGCGACCGGCUGGCGGAAGAGCUGCGCCGCGCGCAGGCGGAAAGCCGCGCAGGCGGAAGCGGGGGAGCCGGAGGUGGGGGGACGGGCACCCUCGGGGCAACGACCAGCAGCAGCAGCAACGGCAGCGGAAGCGGAUUGUGGGGGAGCGGGUGGGAGGCGAGCGGGGGGGAGGGGAGCGGCGGGGAGGGGGCGCAUAGCUCGACGGACGGCGGGGAGAGCAGCGGACGGGAGGCGAUGGAGGAGGCAUUGCGGGCGCGGGAGGACGUGGCGCGGCUAAGGGAGGAGGUGUCGCGCGUACGGGAGGAGGCGCGGUACUACAAGGACGUCAGCGCGCGACUGACGGCGCAAGUGGACAUGCUGCGGUCCACCAACGAUUCGCUCAAGCAAGAAGCGCGCCAAGCCACGGAAGACGCCAGCAAGGCGCGCCGGGAGGCGCAGGAGCUGGCGGCGGCGGGGAGGGAGCGGGAGCGCGCGCUGCGCCGCAUGGAGGGGGCGGCGGAGGAGAAGGACCGGGCGUGGCGGGACCGACUGCAGCGGCUGGCGGAGGAGCGCGGAGAUCUCGAGACGAAGCUCCGGCGCGCGGAGGCGGAGCGGGAGGAGGCGGAAGAACAGCUCCGCGCGCUCAGCGAUUCUCGAAGGGGCGGGAACGGGGAGAGCGCAGGGGGUAGCGCGGAGGAGUUGCGGGAGUUGCGCGCGCGGGUGGCGGAGAGCGAGCGCGAGGUGGAGGAGCUGACGCAAGAGAGCCUGCAGCUCGCGGCGGGGCUGAGCGCCGCGCGGAGAGAUGUGGCGGAGCGAGAGGCGCGGAUUAAGGAGCUCCAGGUGCAGGUGAGCGUGCUGCAGCGGUGGGAGAGGCGGGAGGAACGGCGGAGUAAGGGGGGAGAUGAUGGGGGGGUGAGGCGGAGAGAGGAGGGCGGAGGGGAUGAGAGCAGUGAAGGCGCGGAGCAGGUGCAGCAAUUGCAGCAACAGCUGCGGCGGCAGGAGGAGCAGGCGCAAGCGGCGGAAGAGCAAGCGCGACGACUGGAGGAGCAGGUGCAAGCGGCGGAAGAGCAAGCGCGACGACUGGAGGAGCAGGUGCAAGCGGCGGAAGAGCAGGCACAAGCGGCGGACGAGCAGGCGCGGCGACUGGAGGAGCUGCGCGCGGAGCUGGAAGCAGCAGUGCAGCGCGGCAGGGAGCAAGCGGAGGAAGCGGAGAAACGCGCGGAGCAGUUGACGCAGCAGCUGGCGGACGCGCAUAGGGCCGCGUACGACGCGGAGGAGGCGCAGAAGCGCGCGGAGGGGAAGGCGCGACUGGCGGAGAUGAGCGCGGAGCGGCUAGGUAACCGCGUGCGCGCGCUGACGCCCCUGGAAGGGCGCGUGGGGGAGCUGGAAGAGGAGCUGCGCGUGGGGAUGGAGCGCGUGCGCGUGCAGGAGCGGGUGAAGGCGGAGGCGGAGGCGCGCGCGCGACAGCAGGCGGAGCUGCUGGCGGAAGUGCGGGUGGAGCUGGAGGACGAGGUGCGGCGGCUGGGCGACCAGGUGGAGGGCCUGCAGCAGCGGUGCAGAGCGGUGCAGGGGGAGAGAGACCGGCUGGAAGGGGAGAGGGACAGACUGCAGGGGGAGGUGAAGCAAGCGAGCGCGGCCCUGGCGCAAGCGGGCAAGGCGGAAGAGGAGGGGAGGCGCGCGCGGGAGCAGGUAGAGGCGAUGAGGCGGGCGGUGGAGUCCCUGGAGAGAGGCAAGAGAGACGCGGAGGCGGAGGCGAAGGGCGCUAGGGACGCGCGGCGAGCGGCGGACGUGAGAGUCGAGGAGCUGACGGUGCAGCUGGCGUCGCUGAGAGAAGUGCUGCAGGAGCAGGCGGAGCGCGCAGAAGCGGGGAGGAAGGCGGCGCAGGCGCAGGCAGAAGUGCAGGGAUUGGUGAGGGAGGUGGCGCGGUUGAAGGAGGAGGUGGAGAGGGAGAGGAGGGGGAAGAGCACGGCUGAAGAGGUGGUGGUGGUGCUGCAGGGGAAGGUGAAGGAGGUGGGGGAGAGAGUGAAGGAGCAGGAGGAGCGGUGCGCGGAGCAGCAGCGGGUGGUGGAGGAGAGGGAGAGGCAGAGGCGGGACGCGGAGGGCAGGGCAGCGCGGCUGGAAGAAGCGCUAAGGACGGUGGAGGAUGAGCUGGCGCACAGCCUGGCUUUAAGGAGGCAGGUGCAGGAGAGGGAGGUCCAGCUGGAGGCUGAGGUGGCAGAGCUGACGGGGAAUGCUGCCAGGCUGGCGGCGGCUGUGCGGGCAGCGGAGGAGAGGCUGGCGGAGGCGGAAGAGGAGGCGGAGAGGAUGAGAGGGGAGAUGGGGAGGAUGAGGGGCGAGCAGAGGGAGGCGGAGGAGAGAUUGGCGGAGGUGGAGGAGGCGAGGAGACGGCUGGCAAGAGAGGUGGAGCGGGGGGCAGCUGCGGGUGCUGCGAGUGCUGUGCGAGGGGAGGGUAAGGCAGGGGGCAGGGGAGAGGAGCAGGAGGUACGGGGAGAGGGAGGGCGGGCAGAGGUGGGGGAGAUGGCAGGGAGCGGCGGUAUGGAGCAGCAGCUGUGGGGGCGGCUGGAGGAGCUGCUGGGUGAGAAGGAGGAGGCGGUGCAGCGGGCGGUGAGGGUGGAGGAGGGCAUGCGGCGGGAGAGAGUGGCGUGGGAGGUGGAGCGGGAGGAGGUGAGGGGCGAGGUGGAGCGGAUGAGGGGCGAGGUGGAGCGGAUGAGGGGAGAGGUGGAGCGGAUGAGGGGAGAGGUGGAGAGAGUGAGAGCAGAGGCGGAGAGGGCCAAGAGAGAGGUGGAGAGGGUGGAGGAGGAGCUGAGUAAGACCAGGGAGGCGGCUGCUGCUGCUGCUGUGGCAGCGGAGGGGGGCAGUGGCGGUGGGAGGGUGACUGGCACAGGGGAAGGAGCAGGAGCAGGAGGGGGAGGGAAGGGGGUGGGAGGAGAGGGGCCUGCGAGGAGGCUGAUGAGCCAGAUGCAGCGGUGGAGCUGGGUUAGUGCCAGUGCUGCCACUGCUGCUGCCGCUGGUGUUGCCUCUGGUACCACCACUGGCGAUGCGAGUGCUGCAGCUGACAAGGCAGGCACGAGCGAAACCGAGACAGAGAACCAUCAGCAGCAGCAGCAGAGGGCAGAGGUGGGGGAGGCAAGCCCGGAUGGGAGCAGCGUGUGGGAGGAGAGGGCACAGAGGCUGCAGGAGGAGUUGGACGGACUCAAGGCACAGGUUCAGGCAGAGAGGACGGCCAGGGAGGCCAGUGAGCGGGCGAACGACGAGUGCGCACGGCGGGUGAGGGAGGUGGAGGAUCAGCUGCAGGUAGCCAGGCAGCAGGUGGCAGACGCGGAGAGGAAGGCAGACAGGCACGGCAGAGCAGAGGAGGAGGUAUCUGCGCUGCGGGCCGAGCAGGCGGUGCUGCGACGGCAGGUGGAGGACGCACGGAAGCAGGCCGCCGGUCUGGAGAAGGCGAGGCUGGAGCUGGAGACGGAGCAGAGGCGGCUGGCGCAGCAGCAGGGAGCGAGUGGGGACAAGAAGCGAGGCGGCGACAAGGAGUGCGAGCGGCUGCGAGGGGAGCUGCUGAAGGAGAGGCUAGAGAAGCAGGUGGUGGAGGAGCGGCGCGUGCUGCUGGCGGCGCGGCUGGUGGCGAUGGAAGGCGAGCUGGCGGCGCUGCAGGAGGUGCGGCAGCGCAACGCGGAGCUGGAGGCCGAUGCGGAGACGAUGAGGGUGGCGGCGGAGCAGCUGCAGGCCGCUGUGAAGGCCAUGGAGGAGAAGAUGGCUGCGGCGCAUGGGAAGGAGGGCGGAGCAGGGGACGGAGGAGGAGGGGGAGGAGGAGGGGUGGUGGGUGGCGGUGGGGUGGGGUUUGAGAUGGCGCAGAAAGCUGGGGGCGGUGGGUUGGGGAACGGUGUGGGUGGGGUGCAGAGAGGGAGUGUGGUGGUGGUGAGUGAAGGGGAUGGGAGAGGGAGUGUGAGUGGUGAAGAGGGGAUGAAGGGGGGUGAUGAGGGGACUGCAUGCAGUAGCUACGGUCUGCCCCAUGGCAGGGUGCCUCAAGGGGGGAGGCUCAGGGAGGAGCGAGUGGCACGGGGGGGAGGCGGAGGAGGAGGCGGAGGAGGCGGAGGUGGGGCACCAGUCAAGGCAGCAGCAACACAGACUCUCAGAACUCAGCCGCACCAGCAGCAGUCCCAGCAGCGGGCACGGGCAUCCAGCCCCGUUGUAGGAAGGGCAGGCAGUGGGGGCAGCGGUGCAGGGGGGGGAGGAGGAGGAGCACGAGGAGGGUCGGGUGGCGAGGGGCUCAGGAGGGGCGUGAGUCCCCUGCGUGCGUCCACCCAUGCGCGCUCGGCCAGUCCUGUGCGCACUGCUAGCCCCGCACGGAGUACCCGGCAGACAGCAGCAGGUGGCGGCAGCGGAGUGGCAUUUGGUGGCACUGUGGCGGCACGCCAUGCGUCACCAGCACGCACUGGUAGACUGCAGGCGCAGCAGCAGCACAGUGUGGGGGUGGCAGGGAUGGGGAUGGGAGCAGCAGGGAGGGCAGCUGGGGGGAAGGGCAGUGGUGGCGGUGCGAGUGCAGCGCAUGUGGGUACAGGAGGAAGCAGUGUGGGUAAUCAUCGGCACUUGGGCAUGAUGGGUGCUUCGCACACUGGCGCCAGUGCUGGCGGUGGCGGUGGCGGUGGCAGUGGUGGUGCAAGCAGCAUGUACGGGGGCCGAGGUGGGGGGGCGGCUGCAGUGGCCGCUGCAAUGAGGCGGAGCAGUGAUCGCAGUAAUGCGGCAGUGGUGAUGCAAGCUGAGGCCAGCAACGGCCAUAGCAAUGGCGGCAUUGGCAAUGGCACCGUGACUGCAAGUCUGCUGGACAGCAUGGGCGCCUCGAGCUUACUGGAUGAAGGCGCAACAAACCCACUGUUUGAGGACGAAGAGAUCUCCAGCAACAGCUCGUGUGAGGGGCUGCCAACCAAGAUGGCACAGCACAUGCAAUUCUUUGGAGCUGGUAGCGGAAACACUGCCAUGCCUGGGAGCUCAAGCAGCAAUGUCGUUGGUGGCUCCAGCAGCAGCAGCAGUGCCAUCAACUGGCAUGGUAACCCACAAGCGGUGCAAGCAUUGUGGAUGGGAAGGGAGGCCCCUGGUGGCCAAUACAUGCCCUAGAUGCGCAGCUGCACGUGCAAGCGAGCAUGUGCAGCAUAUACUACUAGCACAUGCUUGUUUUAUACAAUAAUAAACUUGGCAUUAGCCUUGGUGUUACAGCAAAGCGUCUCCUGCCCAAUGUGGCAUUUCCUGCUUAUACACGUUAAUAUAAUACUAGCCACUAA